UACAGUAUCAGCGUGGUUUAUAGAUGUUAACGGAGUGAAAAAAAAAAAUCAAAUAUCUCACUUUGUAAUGAUUUUGGAUAUGUGUAAAUAAUUGUAGGCCUUUUUCGUAUAUAGUGAUCAUAGGAUUUCAUUAAGGAUCGUUUUAAGAUUUUGUGAGAGAAAAACCCAAGAACGGCGCCAUGACAGGCCGUGGCGCGCGAGGGAGGGCCAGAGGGCGCCACCUUCGAGAAGAACAAGAGAACAUCGCUGUGCGCAGACCGGGCCAGGAAAAACUAGAGAGCCAAUUCGCUAACCUACGAGUGAGCGACAGCGACAGAGACAGCGCUUAUGAUGGAAGGAGAGGAAGAGGAGGAGACAGAGGAGGAGGAAGAGGAGGAGGAGAAGGAGGAGGAGGAGGAGACAGAGGAGGAGACAGAGGAGGAGGAAGAGGAGGAGGAGGAGACAGAGGAGGAGGAAGAGGAGGGGGAGGAGACAGAGGAGGAGGAAGAGAAAGAGGAGGAAGAGGAGGAAGAGGCGGAGGUCGUGCGGAGGCGAGGAGGCGAGGAAACGUUCUCCAGUCGAUGAGUCAGACGAAGGAGGAGGUUGUGUGGACGAGGCCGCAACACGUCACCAACAAGAAGGGCACCACCGGCAUGCCGAUCAUCCUGCGUGCCAACUACUACCAGGUCAACGCGGUGCCAGACUGGGCACUGUGCCUCUACCACGUCGAGUUCAGCCCGGACGAGGAACGGACUGUCGUCAAGAAGGAAUUGCUGCGUCAGCAUGCGAGCGCCCUCGGGAAUUUCAUCUUCGACGGACACCAGCUUUACGUCGCCCGGCUGCUCCCUCAGGAUCCACUGGAACUGACAUCAAAGCGACCGGAUACAGGCAACCCUUACUUGGUCAAGAUCCGCUUCAUCAAGGAAAUACCCGCGUCGGAUACCCAGUUUCUGCAGAUCUUCUCCAUCUUACUCCGGCGUUGCUACGAGUAUCUAGGAUUGACACAGGUGGGACGGAAUUAUUACAACAGCCAUGAGGAAGUUCAGAACCAGAAGUACAGAGUGGCAAUUUGGCCCGGCAACGUCUCGAGCAUUCGGCAACACGAGAACGGAAUCCUCAUGGUAACUGACAUCAUCCACAAGUUCUUCCGCUUGGAUACCGUCUACGAGAUUAUGCGAACGAUCAGGAACACCCGCUCCGAUAACUUUAGGUUCGUGACGGGGAAAAAGCUCCUUGGAAUGGUGGUGAUGACCCGUUAUAACCAGAGGUCGUACAGAGUUGACGACAUCGCCUGGAACCUGACCGCCGUUAGCAAGUUCUCGUGCCAGGGACAGGAAAUUACGUAUAUGGAUUACUAUGAGAGGACGUACCAAGUAAAGAUCAAGGACCCGCACCAGCCUCUGCUUCUGUCCAAGCCUCGCAAACGGGACCUCCGCCGCGGCCAGGGCAACAUAUACCUCAUUCCGGAGCUAUGCGUGCCCACUGGCCUCUCCGAUGACAUGCGCAAUGAUUAUAAUCUCAUGCGCGACUUCUCAGAUUAUACGCGCAUGAGUCCGGAUAAACGCGUGGUGGCGCUGCGUCGCUUCAACAGCAGGCUCUUCGAGAACAAGAAGGUCAAGGCCGAGCUGAAGCAAUGGGGCCUCGAUUUUUCCCAAGUCCUGACCAAUGUUCGUGGACGCGUCUUGCCUGGUGAAAAGAUCAUGCAGUCGUCUCACUCCUUCGUGUACCAGAGUUCGGAACCCGACUGGGCUAAGGACAUAAAAGACGUGCCUGUGAACGUAGCCCAGACCGUAACGAACUGGGCGUUGGUCGUCCCGGUUCGUCUACGCAGGGAGGCGGAGGAUCUGAUGGGGGGACUGAAGAAAAUUGGACGCGCUCUCGGUAUCGCCUUCAAUAACCCGAGUCUCCAGCUCCUGCAGCAGGACACGGCGCAGGACUACAUCCGCGCCCUCAGGAACCACAGCCCCGUGCAGCUCGUGGUGUGCAUCCUGCCCAACGCGCGACUCGACCGCUACGCCGCCGUCAAGAAGCACGUUUCCACCAUCAUGGGCGCGCCGUCGCAGAUGGUCCUCGCCAAGAGCAUGCAGAACAAAACUCGUCAGGUCAGCAUCCUCCAGAAAAUCGUUAUUCAGAUCAACUGCAAGCUCGGCGGAGAAAUCUGGAACCUCCAGAUUCCGUUCCAGAACACCAUGGUCGUGGGUUACGACACCUACCAUGAUAGUGCCAGGAAGGGUGCCUCGUGGGGUGCCGUGGUAGCGUCAUUUAACAAGAACCUGACACGUUACUAUGGUCAGGUGUUACGUCACGCCAACCAGGAGGAGCUCACUGCGAAUUUCUGCACAGCUAUUCAGAACGCCCUGUGCCACUACGCCGAAGUCAACGGCUGCCUGCCCGAACGCGUCCUCGUGUAUCGGGACGGCGUGGGCGAAGGGCAGCUGACGUACGUGAAGGGGACGGAGAUAGCGGCCAUUAAGGCUUGCUUCGCCGCCAACCAGUUCUCUCCGAGGUUCAGUUUCAUCGUAGUGAGCAAGAGGAUCAACACGCGCCUCUUCGCCCAGGGUUCGCGUUCGGGGAAUCCCAUCAACCCGCCGCCCGGGACCGUCUGCGAUGACGUCAUCACGUUGCCAGAAAGGUACGACUUUUACCUCGUGAGCCAGCGUGUGACCCAAGGGACAGUCACCCCGACGUCUUAUAAUAUUCUCGAAGACAUCAACUCCAACCUGGAUGCUGACAGACACCAGAGGUUGGCUUAUAAGCUGACUUAUCUCUACUACAACUGGAUGGGCCCUGUGCGAGUACCUGCGCCUUGCCUCUACGCACACAAGCUGGCUUACAUCACGGGCCAAGCCAUACAUGACGUGCCCCACCAAGAGCUCUGUGACAAGCUUUGGUAUCUCUAAGGCGCCCUGUGACACCUCUUGACGCUGCAUCUGCCACGGAUGAUGUGCUGGAUUGACACUCGACACGUUGACACCAGUUAUUGGUAUUCGUGGAGACCGAACGCUGUUAUUUGGUCCCCAGAGCUGGUGGCAUUGAUUAAACUCUACGGUGCAGAACCCAUGUUUCACUUACUCUUUUUCUUUUAUGGCCGCGCGUAACUUUUGUAUAGUGGUCUUUGGCAUUUGUAAUAUAUAUUAUAGCAUUGAUUGAGCAUUUUUAGCGAUGGCUUAUUUCCUUGUCAUCACAUAUUUCAUUUACCUAAAUACCAAGCAUUUAUCAUUGCUUUAGCCUUAAUAACCGUUUUUAUUUCUGUUUUUUUCGAGUAGUUUUUCCUUUCUAAUCUUAAUCAUUCGUAUUUUGCUCUAUUUUGUCUCUUUCUUUCUGUAUUUUUCUCUCUUUUUAUCUCUCUAAUUCUAUAUUUUUCUCGCUUAUUAUUCUUAAUUUUUUUUUACAAUUCUUUGAGUCUUCUAAGCGGACGUAACCGGUUCUGACUCGAGAAAGGUUAGUAAUAAUUAUGACAUAAGUCAUGUUAGUUCGAAUUAU